AUGCAAGCCGGCCACGGGUCGCAGCCUGACGACGUAGGUGUCGAGUGGUUGAACGCCCCGGCGGCGUGGGCAUUUUAUCUAGGAAUUGUCGCAACCGUUCGAUUCUUGAUCGGUUUGUACCCUGGUUUGCGAGAUUUUCAAGCAUGGACCUUUGUCAACGUCACUCACGCAGUAAUCACCUUUUACAUCUUUCACUGGGUUAAAGGAAACCCUUUUCCAACGUACUGGGCAGCGUCGAUGCCAUCAAACGACAGGCGCACCUGGUGGGAACAACUCGACCAUCGCUGGCAGAACACGCCGUCCCGAAAGUUCUGCACGGCAGUUGUGUGUGUGUUGUAUCUUUUCGCAGUGCAAACGACACCACCAGCUUUCCACACAUACCAUUUCAUCAAUUUCGUCGCUUUCGUCGUUCUCUUCAUUGCAAAGCUCCCCGCCAUGGAUUCUGUACGCAUUUUGGGCAUUAACAGGUGA